UUUAUUUUUGGAAACAUCGUGAACAAAUAAUAAAACUAUACGAACUCCUCAUAUUAAUUUCCCCAGUUUGAUGGAAAUAAGGAAAAUCUAGCAUAUCUGUUCUAUCUACAACUAGAGGAUGAGACGUUUUUAUCACGAACGUGAAAAUAAUAAAACUAUGAAGGAUAUGAUAAUUAAUUAAUUUGUCUAAAUAAGUAAAAUGGUCAAACUGAAGUCUAAAAUUUCUUCAGAGGAAGAAGACUCUUGGCUUGAAUUUUUUAAAGAUUUUCCACUGAAGCCAAGGAAAAAGAAAUUGCAUUCUAAACAACCUGAUAGCCAACAUAUUCCUUACUCUUCCUUAAACUAUUUCAAAAAUGGCGGAUUUAAUGAUCUCGAUCGAUGGACCUCUCGCGAUAUCAAUUCAUUUUUUUCGGCCGCGUCCGCCUUUUCUUCAUCCACUGCCAAUCGACUUGUUGACAGAUUUUUCCAGAGUUCGAAUCAUCAUGAUGACGACCAAGACUGGUUUCUUAAUUAUUUACACGGUAUUCGGGCCGAUUUCCAGUGUCAGGAGCCGUUCGGGAGACCCCCAGAAACGUCGGGAGAAGCAAGGUUCUUAGGUUUUGAAAAGGAUGAUGAUGGUAAAAAUGGUAAAGACUUGAGCAUUGAAGAUUUCAAGAAAGAAAAUGAUAACCUGUUCCCAAAAUCAUCGCUUGGCAAUGACGCGAAAUCAGAUUCGAGCAAUAAACGUAGCACAUUUAGUCGGAGACCGCUUUGGACUAGUCACCGUGAUGGGAAAAAGUCGCCCGAGGUCCCCACUUUUGCCCGCUCUCGCUUUAGGAGUUGUGGCUUCGGUUCGAAUGCGUUAAACGAUAAACUCAAGGAUAAACAUUCUAACCUAAUUCACUCUUGCAAGACUCGCCCAAAUAUUUCGCUUAAGGUCAGGAGUCCCACUUUCACCCAUUACGUAGAGAUAGAUACUGACACCAACGGGAACUCCGAUCAAACACACAGUGAAACCAGGGUCGAAAAAGGAUCUGCUCUCGAAGCAGAAUAUUCGCAUCCGACAAUGAAAGACAAAAACGAUAGAACCAAUUCAGAGGAAUCGACCGUCAUGGUAGAGGGGAGAAACUACAAAAAGUCUCAGCAUAAAGAUUCACUCUCGCAAGAUUUAUUUGACUACUCCACCGCCUUCUCUUCCCGCCAUAGCUGGAAUCCUGGUAACAGGCGGCUUUUUAAUGAUUUUUUUAUGGCUAAGAAAAAAGGCCUUUUGAACCGCUUGGCUUCUUUUUCUUACCCAACCCGGGCCCAUUUCGCAGUAGUCGAUUUCGAUAAACCAUUCAUGUGCUUGGAGAGUAAACCCAUUAAAAUUCAAUUCAAUACACCCUCUGAUAGUGACCGGGAUGUAACUGACGCCGAACCUUUAUCGAAGAAAAAUGUUUAUAAAUUAGGCUCCGAUAACAAGGACCAUCCUUAUGAUCCGGCUUCAAAGGUCUCCCCUCCCAUUCCUUCUAGAGGGAAAAAAAUUACUGAUACCGAACUGCGAGAUUCGCUAAAACCAUCCGCUAAAGACGGGCACCAAGGAUUCGCUUUGAAGAGGAGGCCACCCGUCGAUAAACACUCGCCAUUUUUUUUAAAAUUUCGCAGCGAAAAUACCGUAAACCGGGAAGAAUUAUCUUAUUAUCACGAUUCUAUUUCUUGUGCCAGUCUUCCCAACAUUCAUGAUACACCUAUCGAAUAUAAUAUUGAACCAAACUCUAACGCCUCUCGUCGCUCCCCUUCUCGGAAGUUUGACUAUUCCAGUAAUUCUCGCUCGCCGGAGAACGUAUGUCAUCAUUUACCAGUAGAUCACGCUAACCUACCCGUGGGUAAACUAGGAGUUCGGGAAAUUUUAGACCACGAUUCUAGGACUGAAUUUCAGAAUCGACUUACGGCCCUAUUAGACUUUGGUGACCAAGAAAGUCCUCAAUACACGGAUAAAUUCUUACCCGACCCUAACAUGGCCCAGAGCAAGCCCGAUAAAAGUAUCAGAUGGCGCAGCAAGCUGUCCGAACUCAUGUGGCUUGAACUUAAAGCCCACUUAGCGGGCUUGUCGAUGAGACAACAAGAUAAAUGGCUCUGCACCGAACGAGAAACCAUGUCUGAUAUUUUAGACAUCAUAUCCUCCUUUAGGCUAAAUAAUGAUUUUAAUAUGAGAUCGGUGGGUUACCCCGUUUGUCUAGGCCUUCCUGGCAUAUUAGAGGGCGUUAACAAAGAAAACGAAGCUGUGAUCGAUCACACCUUCACUCGUGUCGCUGCUAUCUUGGAGGACCUUGAUAAGUUCGAAUCACUCUUUCCUAAUUGUAACGCAAUCACUCUCAAAUACCCCCAGUACCGCGAUGCUAAAUUUUGUUCACGGGUCAAGACCUUAUGCCUAUGGUACAAUAUCAACUGGAUCAUAAGAUAUAAAAUUAGGGCGCUGGCUGACAUUCUUUACGUCUCACUCGUGCCUGGAAUCGAGUGGCCUUUCGUUGACACCACUCCCAUGCCCGAACAAAUGUAUUCGCCAAAUAAAAUCGGUAACGAUGGCGAUUCAUCGAGCUCGCCAUGUCAGACCUGCUUCAACCCGGAACUUACCUCGCGUUUCGACUCUUACUCCUCUUUCAACUUCUGGAACACUCUAGUCAACGAUCGAAGCGAUGACCGAUCUCCCCCUUCUCCUACCUCGAUUUAUCGCGUUUACGUGGAGAAGAGCGUACGGCGAGGCACCCUGGCUAAGAUGAUAUUUGGACUGACCCAGCUGCUUCACCCCACCUUUCAGAGGAUCAGAGCAGCCCUCAACCCUCGCUCACCUUUUAGCGAACAAGAUUUUGAUAAAGGAGAGAUGGAGGAUGAGUACGUGCACGGGUUAUCGGCUCUCAACGAGGUAACCUCUAUAGAGUCGGAAUCGAAUCUUUGCUUGCAGGACUUCCUCCCAAUCAUGGACAUCAAAUACGGUUGUUGGGCCAAAGACGAUUCAAACGAAAAUGUUUCUCGAUACGGGACAUGUGGCACCGAAUUUGGCGCCAUGAAUCUGCCUUCUUUUCGCACCCCUUUUCUCUUUUUAAUAAGGGUACCCUUAGACGUGGUUCACGAAUGGCUGAAGUUAAGAAUUGAGCAAAAACCACUCAACCCUUCCUUCCUGAGCGCGAAUCAAUUGUUGCGGGAGUGUAAGGAAGUUCUCAAAGCCGCCAUUCUUAUGAGACACUAUUAUGAGACCUUUGUCAAGGCCGUAUAUUUAGACAAUGAAUUUCCAAACAUGGAACUGGAUACGUUCGAUCAAGAUCUCAAGAGCAUGUAUGUUUUGUAUUUGGAAUAUUUGGAAAAACUUGUCCUAUUAACCCCCGAAAAUACUGAUCACACGCAAAUCACAUUGUUGGAACAAGAAUGGAGUUUUAUCAAAAUGAUUAACCCUUAUGUGGUCGACCAGGAGAUCGACGCGAGUAGCAAGAUAUGCUUACUGAUAGGAAAGCUUGUAAGCAGCAUCUCCGUGGUCAUAAAAGAAGGCAGUGAAGAAUGUUUGGAACAUUUUAAAAAUUCUAACAUAAAGGAACCACGGGCGCUCGACGAUAACAGCUCCCUAAUUACAUCAAAUUUGAAUCAAAGGAAUACUUUAAACAUGUCCACCACGUCAACUAUGUCGACAUUCCAAGACUACGAUAUCUCGUCAAAUUACGGUUCUUCCACCAACAUAAACUACCAUUAUGACCCCAAAAUCGAUGACCUACGCCAAAAUACCGGGGUGGGUAGAGAUGACACCCCUCCUCAAAAUAAUUUUAACGUCGAUAAUCUCGUUCUUCUCGAUUUCAGGACCACGUUCUCGGUGGCCAAGGAACGGGCUGGCAAAGUCAUGGGACUUUUCAGAACCGUUAGGCAAGAUUGCGAACACAUAGCCGGGUACGAACCUAGCUCCUUAUCUUGCUUGCCGAAUCCCGAUGAGAACGAAUAUCGGUAUCUUUUUCAGAAAUUAUGCCAAAGCGGUUUCGUUUCCUUGGCUUUUCGAAAUGCUUACCGCGGCAGUCUUGCCUCCACUGCCAAUAACGAUAAUAACAUUGUUAAUAAUAACGAAGAAACCCGAAGAGGAAGUGAUUUUUUGCUCAGGGUAGCCUCCACCAGGAACGAUCAUCAAAGAGCUCUGUCGCUCAAGGAAAGUAGGCAACUUUCUCGUAUCGCUCCGCUUUAUCGAGCUAACAGAGCGCGUGAGAGAAACGAUAUCGACUCUCGCGUAAAAUCGUCGGAGAUCAAUGAUAUUGCCAAGGACACUUCACCCCAUUUUCCACCUUUGCGAAAAUUCGAAAGCUCUCCUUUCCCAACUUUGUCCGUUUUGAACGAAGCGCCUCCUUUUAAGAAGUCCCCUGAUACGAUACCCGAAGAAGAAGCUAACUCUAACACAAGUACUGUGACACGCGACUCCCCCUCUCUUUCUACAGAAGAAAUUGGGAGGUUACCUUCUGACCUAUCUAAAUCUUGGGUUUUCGUUCCUAAAUCGAUAGCCAAAGACUCCCUAGCUCUGUCUCGGUUGUUAUUCGCCGAAUCGUGGACCCGCCAUUCUUCUCAUCACAAAACACCUUCUCCAGUAAAAAAGGGCGUCGAAACUGAUUUAUACGAGUUUAUGCUACUCGUUAAGACGGGCAGAAACAUUUCCAAGAGUUUACCUGCCCGUAAUACUGGAUACUCUCCCGAAUGGGCUGGCAAGACGUUUUAUGUCGACUUAUUGAAUUAUGGUGCAACUCAACCCCUUAAAAAGUUCGCCGAUUUAACUGGUGAUAACAAUGAUAAUACGUGUACACUUUUCUUGGUGAGUAAAACGGCUUCUCUUCUCAACAAACAGAGGCGUAUCGUCGAAGAUAUGCUAUCCCUAAACAAGGCAUUCACCCUGGUCAAAGCCCAAAUAUCGCCCAGGCUAAGUUUUAACCGCUCUGUCGAGACCGUCAAGGCGAAUAUAACUGACCUUCUCAGCGGAACUCUCAAAGUGACGGGCGAUUUGCUGAAACAUUUAGAGCACUUCGACUCCGAAGGAAUGCCCGAGAGUAAUUCUAGGAUCCGGGACAAUUACAAGGACACUGUACUUUCAUGUUGCUUCGAGUUCGGGUUUGAUUGUUUCAAGGAUGCUCUCAAAACGGUCUCCCCCUGCUGUCCUCUUACUUUGAGUUCGUUGCAUCAUUAUCGCCAAGAACCGAAUACUCUUAAUUUCGAAAGGGAGUUAGAUAAUAGUAUGGAUCCCGCUGGAGGAGAAAAAUGCUCUGCGAAUGAGAACGGAAUUCGCGAGUCUGAUGAUUUUGGCGGAAAAUCGUUGUACGGUCCCGUCAUCGCCAUAGCUAUCAUUCAGUACGCCAGAUUAUGGGCCCACUUUACCCUGGCAAAUUACGAAUUAGGUCACGGCAGAAAACCUAGAUGGGCUCUUCAGGGCUUUAACUUCCUUAAAGCGGCCUCGGAUAUUCACAUCACUUGCUAUCUAAGAUCUCAGCGCAACUUCGAAAGCUACAGUGAAUUGCUUAUUCGUUGCGUUAAACAUAUAUUGGGCACAAAAAUCCAGCAAUCGCAUGAAAGGGACGCAUCUCCUCCCAAAAAUUCGAAAGAUUCUUCUAAGAAAACACCUUUCAAUGACGAUGGCAUUACCGAUAAGCUUGGUCACCAAGAAGAAUUUUAUCACAGCUUGGAUAAUUUCAAUUCUUCUAAUAAUGAUUUGAAGAGUUUGAUCCAAGAAACCACUUAUUUAUAUCCGCUCAAAAAGCUUGUCAAAUUAGGGGACAAAAAAAAAUUUGGGAAAAAUUUUUCAUGGCCUCAUGGAAAUUCAGAUAGCCAAUCAAAAAUAAACCAAUAUCAAUUAUCCAGAAACCUGUCAUCGCCACCUGAUGAUAAAUAUAGCUCGCGCUACAAUGGCGAUAGCGAUUCGGGUAACGAGUUAAAGGGAUCAUUCGAAAAUCUUAACUCUACCUUAGUCGAGAGUCAAGGAAUAGAAUCUAGAUCAUCUAAGAGCCCCCUCAAAACAUCGAAAAUUGAAAGGAUUCAAUCAAGCGUAGCUGCUAUCGACGAACGCAGGAAUGAUUUGCUUCAAAGUCUUGGAAUUAUUGGGGUAGAGUGUUCAUCCUCCAACGAAUGCGGUAGCCCCAGUUAUAUUGGCCACAUUGCCCUAGAUCGAAUGGCUUACAAGAAAGUCAGGUUCAGGUGGCAGAGGGGUAUCAAAAUUGGGCAAGGACAAUCGGCUAAAGUUUAUACUGCGGUCAACAUGGAAAGUGGAGAACUCAUGGCUAUGAAAGAGAUUAAACUUCACCCUAGCAAUGAUCAGAGGAUAAUCAAAGAGGUGAUAGAGGAGAUAAAGCUUUUCGAAAAUGUAAACCAUCCCAACCUGGUCCGUUAUUAUGGGGUGGAGGUUCAUCGCGAGGAACUACUCAUAUUCAUGGAAUACUGCAGCGCUGGCACCUUGGAAGAAUUGGCCAGACAGCAACAGAAAGUGACCUUUUCUUCUCCGUUUAAUGCUGUUAUUGGGAAUAGUAACGGACUCCACGAAUGCACUAGAUCAGGCCUCGACGAAUUUUUCAUCAGAAAAUACACUAGGGAACUACUUUUAGCCGUCAAUCAUUUGCACGAUUUGGCCAUAGUUCAUAGAGAUAUCAAAGGCGCCAACGCAUACCUGACGGACGCUUUCGUGGCGCAGUCUUCUAACUCCACUAGUUCUGAAACUACCAAUUUUCCGUCCAAAAAUAUUAUUUCUCCUUCACCUUCUUCGUUCAGUUCCCUCAAGUUAGGCGAUUUUGGUAGCGCGGCAAAACUUAAAAGUUUUUUCACGGUCCCCGGAGAAAUCAAAGGAUUGGUUGGAACUCCGCCUUUUAUGGCCCCCGAAGUUAUAAAUAGGUGUGAAGGUAAUGGGAGGGCGGCAGAUAUAUGGAGCCUUGGGUGCGUGGUUAUACAAAUGCUGACAGGCAAACCACCUUGGCAUGAGCUGGAAAAUAUAUUUCAGAUAAUGUACAAAGUGGGCUCGGGAUUUAAGCCGCAUAUACCUUCUUUCGCCAGCGAAGAGCUAGUAAAUUUUUUGGAUCAUUGUUUCGAAGUCGAUUCCAAACUCAGAUGGUCAGCUGCUAAACUUUUAGAACAUCCUUUCCCUAAAGGGGGCAAAUGAUAAUCAAUAUUUUGAAUCUAUUAUUUAUUCGCGUUUAGUUUUAUUAACAAAUUAUUUUUGUAUUUUUUUUUUGAAAUGUAUAGUCAUUUUAAAUUAACUAGCCACCAAACUCAAUCUCAUUUCGAUAAUUUCUUCCAAAAUAUAAAUCAUGCAAUAAUACCUUUUCUAGUCUUAUUUAUCUCAACUAUAUACUUAAACAAUAUGUAAAUAUUUAUACUUUAUCAUAAAUAUCAA